GAGAUUCAUGCCAUACACUACCCAAUAUGAAAUCCAAACUGUUUUGAAUGGCACAUAUCUCGAUACGUUAUGUGAAACCUAUUGUUUUAAAUGAUAUAUAUCUCCAUACGCUAUGUAAACGGUCUAGAUAACAAAUGCUCGGAAAAAAAACUGCUUUCUAACCAACUGGUGGAUCUUACCCCGAGUGAUGGUGGGACCCACGCCACCUUCUAUAUAAACAUGCCGAAUAGCUCGACAAAGCCCGGUGCAUCCAUCAGUCAUCACACAGAGUGCGCCAUGGCGUACAGGACGCUGGAGGUGACUCUCCUGUCGGCCAAGGACCUGAAGAGGGUGAACCUGAUCUCGCGCAUGGAGGUGUACGCCGUGGUGACCAUCUCCGGCGACCCUCUGACGCGGCAGUGCACCCAGCCGGACCCCUACGGCGGGCGCCACCCGUGCUGGAACACCUCGUUCCGGUUCAACGUCCCGCCCAGCGCCGCGACGGCCACCGGCUGCCUCCACGUGCUCCUCCGCACCGAGCGCGCCCUGGGCGACCGCGACGUCGGCGAGGUCAUCGUGCCCCUGGCCGACAUCCUCGCCGGUGGCGGCGCCGCGUCCGACCCCGGGUCCCGGCCGCCGCAGCUCGCGUCGUACCAGGUCCGCAAGGUGCACCGCUGCGAGCCGCGCGGCGUGCUCAACGUGUCCUACCGCCUCGGCCCCAUCGUCGCCCCGCAGGCCAGAGCCGUCGACGAGGCCGCCGGCGGCGCCGGUGCCUUCGUCGGGUAUCCGGUGCCGCGGCAGUUCUACGCGCCGUCGUAUGCCUAUCUGCCCUCGCCGCUGUCCCUGGCGCCGCCGCCGCCUCCGGCGCAAGCUGCCGGUCGCGACGCCCAGCUGCACCCACCUCCGCAGUACAGCUUGCCUGCUGCUACUUAUUCGCAGGCUUAUCCACAGCAGCCGGCUGCUAAUUAUCCACAGCAGCCGGCUGCCGGGCGCGCUGCUCUGCCGGCGCCGGCGAGCGGGGAGAGCAACGGCAAGCUGGACUUCGGGGUGGGCCUCGGCGCGGGGCUGGUCAGCGGCGCGAUCGGCGGGAUGCUGGUCGCCGGCGACGUGAUGAUGUCUGACGCGGCGGCCUACAAUUCCGGGUACCGCGCUGGACUGGCCGACGGCGGCGCGGCGGCGGUGUACAAGAAUUCUUAUCGCGUUCACGACAAAGUCGAAGCAAAACGGGCGGCGGUGUGACUCACUUGAAUCGAUGCAUACUGUGUGAUUGUCAUUAGUCUCGUCUUGUUAACAACCCAUAAUAGUACUUGCCGUGUGUAUAUGGAAUAUAUAAUUACGUAUAUAUCAUAAUUAAUAAUAUAAGAUAAGAGAAAUUUUACGACCCUCGAAGAAAGAGAUGUCUACCCAACAAUAAGUUGUUUUAGCCCUUUCCAUCAACGAAUUUUUUUCCAUACACUUACAUUUUAUUA